AUGAAGCCACUCCCAGGAGACAGGACGGGCCGAUGGAGGAGAGGUGUGUGCCUUCAGCAGUUGGGACUCCGGUCCUAUCUGGUCGGUGUGGAGGGGACCACGUAUCGGCACAACAGGGUUGAUCUUCGACCAGCAGAAGCGGCCCUUCUCCAGCUGUCAGUUCUCCCAGAAUCGGCCCCGGAGCAGCCUGCGAGUCGGGGGAGCGCCAGAGAGGUCGUCGGCGUCCCCGAGGAGUCUCCAAGGCCAUCAUCCCCGGGGUCGUCGCAGUCUGCCCCGCAGACUGGGGAUACACCAUGCCGACAACAGUGUGAUUCUAACACAGAGUUUUGGACAGAUGAGUCCACUCGCUGCCUCUGUUCUGGGGGCCAUCUCUCCUGCUCUCCUACUCAGUGCCCUAAGGGCCAAAUCUGCGGUCCUCGAGUAGAAAAAUCCAGUGGGAUUCACGCCUCUGGGAUGUGCACGAUACACAGUCACACAGACUGCAGCACUUUUGAUGGAGUGCUCUUCCGCUUCAUGGCCUCCUGCACCUACACGCUGGUUAAGACCUGCUCACCCUCUGAGACUCUGCCAUUGUUCAGUGUGGAAGUAGUGAAUGAGAAAAACUGGAACUCAUCUCUGCCAACUGUUCAGGAGGUUAUUGUGGACAUGGGGAACUUCAGAGUGUCCCUGCUGAAAAGACAGACGCAUCGCAUUGUGGUUAAUGGUGUCUGGAAGAAGCUUCCACUGAGCCUUAACAAUGGCUCUGUCAAAGUCAAGAGCAACGCCGCUGCUGUUAAACUGGAAACCAGUUUUGGUCUCUCUGUCUCAUAUGACAACGCUGGUGCUGUCCAAGUGGCGCUGCCAUCCACUUACUCUGACCAAGUCUGUGGCUUGUGUGGAAACUAUAACCACCUCAGAGAAGAUGACUUCAGAAAGCCAGAUGGAACAAAUGCCCAUGAUGCUACAGGUUUGGCUGAGAGCUGGCGGACUUGGCAAAGCACUUCCUCCUGUGAUACCAUUCUAGUACCACAUCAGUGUGACCCGCUGGAGGAGGCAGAGUAUGCCAGUGAGCUGUACUGUGGGGGCCUUCUCUCCAGCACCGGGCCCUUUGCUGGCUGCCUAUCAGUUCUGGGGGCAGAGAGCUACUUCAGGGCCUGUGUGGUCGGCAUGUGCUCUACCCACGGUGACACAGUGGUACUUUGUGAGACAUUCCAGAUUUACACCGAUAUCUGCCAGGAGGCUGGAGUCACUAUAACCACAUUGAGGAACUCUAUACUAUGCCCCCUUCAGUGUGGUAAGAACAGCCACUAUAACUCAUGUGCUGAUGGUUGUCCUGAGAUGUGCUCCGGUUUGGAUGCAGUUGGCUCCUGUGGAAGCUGUGAGGAAAGAUGCGAGUGUGACUCUGGCUUUAAACUCAGUGAGGGAAAGUGUGUCGCAGCAGAGGACUGUGGGUGCUGGGAUAAUGGAAAACACUAUGAGAAAGGAGCAUCAUUCUCGAAAGGGGAGUGUGAGCAGCAGUGUCAGUGCGUGGGUACAAAUGAGGUGCAGUGCACCACAAUGCAAUGCUCAGACAAUGAUGUCUGUAAAGUCAAGGAUGGGGUCAAAGGCUGCUUUCCUUUCAAACCUGCCACCUGCAGUGUGUAUGGUGACCCACACUAUAUCACCUUUGAUGGGAUGGCAUAUGACUUUCAAGGGGGCUGCAGUUACACGCUGACUACCACGUGCGGAGGAGAAAGCUCAGUACAGUUCACUGUGAUUGGACACAACAUGCAUCUUCCCCACACGAAUUUCACUCCAUCCAAGCUGGAAGCUGUGGAUCUCCAAGUUGACGAUUUAGACGUCACACUGAAUCAGAGCGGGAAGGUGAAUAAAAGCAGAGUCCGACUGCCCUAUUCCACCAAUGGAUCAUAUGGCUCAGUAUGGGUCUACCUGAAGAACAAUUAUAUCAUCUUGGAAACAACCUUUGGCCUCAGAAUGAUAAUAGACGCACAGAACAGACUCUUCCUCCACGUUGAUGAACGCUACAAGUAUGAACUUUGCGGACUGUGUGGCACCUUCUCGGACCGUCAGGAGGAUGACUUUGUGACACCAGGAGGCCAACAUGCAACUGGUCCAUUUGAGUUUGGUGACAGUUGGAAGGUGCCAGGCAAUAACGAGUGUAUUUCCCACCCAGAUGAUCCCAGACAAUGUGAUGUUGAUGAGGAGAAUGAGGCCUACAAUGAGUGCUACAUCCUACUUGGGGACGCUUUCAAGCCCUGCCAUGAAACCAUUCACCCAAGCAUCUACCUCAGCGAUUGUGCGUAUGACUUCUGUGCUACACGUGGUGACCGACACACACUAUGUGAAUCUCUUAAGUCCUAUGCAGCAGCAUGCCAUGUUGCAGGAAUGGAGCUACCUCAUUGGCAGACAGACACAGCCUGUGUAUGUCCCAUAAACUGUGACUUUGAAAAUAAUCUGUGUGGGUGGGAGCAGCUCAUGCAGGACAGUUUUGAUUGGACAAGACAUUCAGGACCCACACCAUCAAGCUUAACUGGCCCAAACCAAGACCACACCACUGGAGCUGGUUUCUACAUGUAUAUUGAAGGAAGUAGUGUAACCCAUGGAGAUUCAGCUCGUCUUUGGAGCUCAAUGUGCCAUUAUGAUGGACCACUCUGGCUGAACUUCUGGUACCAUAUGUAUGGUUCAGCCAACGCCAUGGCCCUCAAUAUCUACCUGCUCAAAGACAAUAAAGCUACUAAACUCUGGUCCAUAAUGAACAACCAAGGUCCAGAAUGGCAUCUAGGACAUGUUUAUAUCAGAGUGUCUGGUCCAUUCCAAAUUUUACUUGAGGGAAUUCGAGGCUCCGAUGCUCAAUCAGAUGUGGCCAUCGAUGACAUUUCCAUAAACUUUGGCUCAUGUUUAGGUAGUGUCCCUGGCCUGGUUAGUGGAACUGUGUUUCCCUCCUCAGAUGUGGAAGUCCUCCCCUCACACCCAGUCUGCAAUUUGGACUGUAGCUUCGAUAGCAGUCUUUGUAGCUGGAGUCAGAUGAUCAGAGAUGCUUUUGACUGGACAUGGCAAAGAGGUUCCACCCCCACUCUGAUGACUGGGCCCUCUGCGGACCACACUGGUGGUGGCCACUAUCUUUACAUCGAAGCCAACAGCGCGUCACAUGGUGACACAGCUCGUCUCAUUAGCUCUGAGUGUUCUGACUCUGGUCCUCAGUGUCUGCAGUUCUGGUACCACAUGUACGGCUCAGCAGAUACAAUGGGCCUCCAUGUUUACCUGCUCCAGGAUAUAUUAGCUGAUGCUGUUUGGUGGAAGAGAAAUUACCAUGGAAAUAUGUGGCACCUGGCUCAGGUGGACUUGGUAACAACUGGAGGUUUCCAGGUUAUAAUUGAGGGGCAAAUAGGUUCCAAUGAUCAGUCUGAUGUUGCUAUAGAUGAUGUAUCACUUCAUCGUGGACACUGCAGAGGUAGACCACAACCUCCAACUGAAGCUCUACCACAGCCAGAAACCACAGCUACCCCAAAGCCAUCACAAACAACAGUUCAACCACAACCACCAACCACAGCUACACCACAGCCAUCACAAACUACAGUUCAACCACAACCACCAACUACAGCUACACCACAGCCAUCACAAACUACAGUUCAACCACAACCACCAACUACAGCUACACCACAGCCACCACAAACUACAGUUAAACCACCAACAACAGCUACACCACAGCCACCACAAACAACAGUUAAACCACAACCACCAACCACAGCUACACCAACACCCUCUUGUCCAGAGAACAGUCACUACACCACGUGUGUCCCUGCCUGCAGUCCAACCUGCACACACCUGAAUGGCCCACCACGUUGCACUGAAGAUGAGGGUUGUGUGCAGGGAUGUGUAUGUGCUGAAGGCUUUGUUCAGAAAAAGAGGGUUUGUGUGCCUAUCGAACAAUGUGGUUGUGUGGAAAGGAAUGGCACCAAAUAUGAUUUCUCUGAUGUGUGGUACACCAAUCACUGCAGUCAGAAAUGUGAAUGUGAGAAAGACCAUGGCGUCGGUCGGAUUGACUGCGAUGACAAAGAAGAGUGCGAUGGAAAAGCUGUUUGCCUUCAAAAUGAUGAGGGCAAUUAUUACUGCCAGUCUACAGGCUUCAGUGACUGCACCAUCAGGGAAGACCCUGAAUACAGAUCAUUUGAUAAAAUGAAACACAAGUUUAAGGGUGACCACUCGUAUGUGCUGGUCCGGACCAACUACUUGCCAAAUAACCUUCCACAUGUCUACAUCGAGGGUAUCAACACUGUAAAGGAUGAGGAUGAUAGUCAUCAACAUGACGACAGCAGCAGUGAAGAAGACCACAGUCGCAGAGUUAUGUAUGAUGGUGAUGAUGAUGAAGAUGACCAUGAUAAUGACCAUGAUGAUGACCAUGAUGAUGACCAUGAUGAUGAUAAUAGCAAACAUCACAAGGAGAACUACAGCUUACAAGAGCUUAAGAUCAGAGUGUAUAAUCAUACUGUGGUAUUAAAGAAAAACCUGAGGCUGGUUGUGGAUGGAAGGAGAACAAAAAUUCCCGCCUCACCGACUGCUGGUCUAAAAAUCAGGGAACUUUGUUCUCGCAUCUGCCUGAAGACCGACUUUGGCCUCUCCGUGGAUUUUGACAGCCAUGGCAGAGCAGGGAUCAUUCUACCCCGCAUAUAUAAAAGGAAAGUUGGGGGUCUGUGUGGGAACUUUGACGGUAAAAAAAACAAUGACAUGAUGAAGCCAGAUGGUACCAGGGCCAAGAACGUUAAAGAGUUUGGAGAGAGCUGGAGAGCGUGAAAGAUUGGUGGACGUCGGGAUAAGGCAUCAAAAAUACUCUGUGGAAAUGUUGACGACUAGUUGUAACAUCACUGUGGCAUUCACAAAAAAGCUCAACACUGAUGAACCCUUACCCUAAUAAAAACUUAAGAGUUAAGGAGAUUUCAGUUUUUCCUUAGACAGCAUGUAAUCUCCAAACCUAAGCUGCCAAAAUGUGACUUGGAACGAACAUAACCUGUGGCCAUGAAGACUUUAAAAGGACUUGGACUAUAAAAAUUGUAUACACACAAACUAUAUCACAGUAAAAUAAGACAUGUCUGCUGCUUACACCGUUUUCUGGGAUUUUGCAUUGUUUCAAGAAUGUGAUGUCCAACUUUCAAGUCCAUUUUUUAAGA